UGGAGUGCUCCUCUUCAACAUUCACACUUUCUCGGUUCCCAUUUCCAGCGACAAAACCUGCUUCAUAUUAGCUGCCGAAAGUCCAACUAAGCGAAACAUUCCUGCAAAAAGCUUUUUGGAAAUAUUUUCCCAAUGAUCAAAGUUCAGAUCCCGUCGCUGGAAAAAAAGGUGGAUGAGUCGGGAAAGUCGAAGAAGCUUUUCCGGGUGGAAGUUUUGUUCAACGAGAGGAAACACUUUGUUCUACGCAAAAGCAGCGAGUUCCAGGCUCUUCAUAGGAAGCUCAGGAAGAUCAUUCACACCCCUGACUUCCCUAGUAAGAGGAACCCCCACUUGAGGACAAAACCUGUGGAGCAGAGGCUGCAGGAGCUGGAGGAUUACAUUCAGGAGAUCAUCUACCAGAAUGAGGAUGCACCACAGGUCCUGCUGGACUUCCUGCACCUCAAACAUUUUCACACGGGGAACAGGAUGAGCAGCAUGGAAUCUCUGGAUGAGCUGGACAGUCAGGAUGACAGCUAUCAGUUACCAGUGCAGCCAGUCCUGGGAUACAUGCGAGAUCCUUAUAUCUCUCGAUGCAUAUCAGGUGUGCCUGAUGUUGUUGUGGACGGUGUCCUUCAGGGUUUUUAUCCACGGGAUGUCCGAGUCAGCUUCACCACCCUGCCUUUGAACACCGCCACAUGUUGAAAGCUGAUAUAUGGUGAUAUAUGAUCGUUUCUGCUUGUUGGAAUCACAGGUGGUCUGAAAUUGAGCCAAAACUUCUUCCUUUGAUAACCAUGCUCAGAAAAGUACAAUUCUUUUUACAGUACAGAUAAACACAUUUUCACAUGGCAAGAUAUAGAUAUGGCAGAAUGAAUAAACGUUUGUCUCUCUCUAUCUUUGUUAGGACAUAAUGCUUCCCCCGCAUCUCACCCUAAACUAUCCAAAACAAAUGGCUAACCUUAGCCAAUGACAUGUAACCAAACCUAAACCCAAUUACAAUGACCUCGGUAGUUAUUCGAUGUUAUAACCAUCAAAACCUGAUGAGGGCUGGGCAAAAUGUCCUCACAAGACGGGGGUCUUGUUUGCUCACCACUAAGGAUGUAGAGUGAACCCUCGCUAUAACACGGUUCACCUUUUGCGACUUUGCUGUUUCACAGAUUUUUUUAGUGCAGUUUUUUUUUUUUUUUUAAACAGUGCAUUGUGUUCUGCAUCCUGGUUGGCUAAGGGACUAAACAACGUGAACAGUCUCCGCGCCUCAUCUCUGUACAGCUUGCCAAAUUUAUGUUUGCAAAGGUAGUCCAUGAUAAAACCCACAAUGUCAACAAAACGUUCUGAGGGUGCGCCCAAAAGGAAGAGAAAGAUGCUAAAUAUCGCAGAAAAAGUUACUUCUGGACAUGCUGAAGGAAGGUAGAAGCUAUGCAGCUGUCGGGCGCCAUUACGGAAUAAAUGAAUCUUUCAUUCGUUCCAUAAAGAAUGAGGAAAUAACAUAAGGAGGACGGCAGCAAUACGUUUUAACAAGAAUGCAGAAAGGGUUGUAACUGUCCGCAACAAGACCAUUGUAAGGAUGGAGUCUGCUUUAGCUUUGUGGAUUAGUGACUGCAGGAAAAAGAUCAUUCCGCUGGAUACCGACGUUAUCCGCACAAAAGCUAAAAAUCUUUAUGAAACCUUUGCUGUGUUGCUUUGUGGCGACCCUGAAGGGAGAAGCUGGAAGGAAAAGAAGUAGCGGGGCGGAGUGACGAAGAGGCAAAGUUAGAGGAACGGUGAAAUACGUGCAAGUCACAAGGUGUCCAAACCUCGUAUUGACUAUUAAAAAUAUUGUUUUACAGUUUUUCCAAAAACUGUCAUAGUUAUUUGUUGAAAAUGUUUAUGUUUUUAUUUUUUUUAAAUGCUUGGGCCUGAAAACAGGUUUUGGUGUUUAGUUUCAUUGUAUACCUAGUUCAGUAUUGUAUAAUAAAUGUAAAAAAUAAAGCUGACUACU